AUGGAUUCGAUGAAGCAACAUGAAUCCAGUUCGUUGGAAACCAAAGUGAUUCAUGAUGACGAAUCGAUGCCAGAGAUGAUAUCUGAAGAAGAUUUAAGUACAAGUGUAGAGAAUGAAACGAAACUGGUGGAGGAAUCAAGGGUUGCAUCAAUGGUGAUGGAGUCGAAGCGAGAGGACAUGGAAUAUCAGGGAUUGAGAAUCGAUAUGUUGAAGUUUACCAUUAAGAGGAAGCCAUGUUAUUACACAGACCAUCUGACCAUUUCCGGUGAUAGUUCUUGGCACUAG